AGACAUUAUGCACGUUAAUGUUGGUCUCCUUCUGUUUGCUGUUUUGACUUGUAGCGGAGGUAACAGAUUUUUACAAAACAAGCACCCACCAUUGGUUCGAUUGAGGCCAGAGAAACAAGGACACAAACAAAUUCUCCAACUUCCUGGUCUGGAUAAACCAUCUGUGAUGACAACAGUUAACGUAGAACCUCCAAUCUUUUUUAUUGACGAUUUCUUGACACCUAAAGAGUGCAGUCACAUCAUAAAAUUGGCAAAACGACAAGGUAUGGAGAACAGUCCGGUUGGUGAUGAAUUUGAUUAUUUGGAUCAGGAUUUUAUCGACGAAUUUGAUCCAAAAGAGGCAUGGGAAGACUGGAACAUUAACGGAGACGAAUGGAUAGAUAAAGAAGAGUUGAUACAGAACAUGAUGGAUUUAGCGAAUGCCAAGUUUAGCGGCGAUGAUGCUGAUGAGAUGUUGAGUCAGUUGAAAUUGGACAAAGAUCUUGAUGGCAAACUCAAUUAUGAAGAAUUUGCCAGCUCUGAUGUAGUUGCUGUCAAUGAGUUUAUUAACAAAGUACGUGACGCAAAUCCUUGGUACAAAGUCCGAUAUAGUUCCCAAACAUGGUUACGUCAAGACUCCAGCUCCGAUCCCGUCUUGCAGCAGUUGAGGGAGAGACUAAUUGCACUCACUCAUUUGCCACCAGUGAUCGUCGAGACGAGUGAGCAUAUUCAAGUCGUGCAUUAUGAUGUUGGUGGACACUAUCACUGCCAUCUGGAUACUGAUCCUGAAGAGGCUAAUCAAACCUGUUGUUACUUGACAAGCAGGAUGACUGACGGUUGCCGAUUAUGUCGUUUCCUUACAUUGUUGUAUUAUCUCAAUGAAGUGCCUGAUGGAGGAGCAACAGCUUUUCCUGGUGCUUGGAUGGAACCCAACCUAGAUUACAGUGAAUUUCAGAGCACUGGUCUUUGUAACCUCAGUGCCCAGUGUAAUUCUGGUCUUGUGGUGAAACCAAAGUUAGGGUCUGCUGUGUUGUGGUAUAGCCAUUUCGUGGACAAUGACGGACAGCUGAGUAGAGUUGACAACAGGACAAUUCAUGGUGGUUGUGAUGUUAUCAAAGGAGAAAAAUGGAUUGCAAAUAAUUGGAUUGACAUCGAUGGCUUUGUAGACUACAACCAGCUUGAUGCGGAGAUGGAUGGUACAAAAGCCAUCCAUUCUGAGUUAUAGCUAUUGUAUGUGCAGAGACACAUAAUUUAGAUGGCAAAUUAGACCAACAAAUAGACAGGUAGAUACAUGAAUGUAGGCUGGAUACGAAACUGGUUUAUUUCAGACAUUUAAGUCCAACAAACUGAUGCUGAUUGACAUUGACAUGAGUUUUCUCUUAGAAACUAAAUAAUUUGAACAAGUAUUAAAGUGCUAAACCCUCGACUGCUGCAACUCAUUUUAGCUCACAACAACAUGAACAGCUACUUCACAUGCAAGGACACUGCACAACUAGACUGCCAAGUGUACAGUGUGCUGCUAGU